UGGGCGGGGCUUGUUUGUCACCCUUUGAGGCUGAAGUUGACUUUACGUCAUGAAGGAGAUAAAACCCAGUCUGACUCGGACCGCGCUCUCAUUUCUCCGAGCCGAACAGCUGUGCGAGCAGCCCAAGUCCGACCCCAACAAGGAAACAAAAACAAAUACAAAUUGGAGUCAAGCUUCAAAAGUAACAAAACAACAGAACAAUGAGCUUCGCGACAGCAAUGGAGGUCAACGUGGAAGCCAGGCGGAUCCUGGCUGUGUCGAUCAGCAAGCUGUACGCCUCCAGGAGCCAGAGAGGAGGACUGAGACUCCACCGGAGCCUCCUGCUCUCCAUGGUCAUGAGGUCCGCCCGGGACAUCUACCACUCCUCCCGGGAGAGCGAGCUGGCGAGCGGGGAGCAGCCGGCCGCCGAGGAGCCGAUGGACACCAACUGUGACCCCAAAGAGAAAGCCCGGCUCGCGCCGGAGCCGGCGGACUCCUCCGCCGACAUGGCCCCGGAGGUUCCGGACAAAGACGAGAGCGACUGCGACGUCGCGGAGGACAAGGAGAACCAUAGCCCGACAAAGCAGUCCAGGAAGCGGCGCGGCAAGGCGUCGGCGGCGCCCGACUUCCUUCCCAGCAAGAGGGCGAGGCUGGAGCCCGGGGAGGAGCGCUACGCGGCCCCGCCGGGCAGCUGCCGAGCCGGGCUGGGGGACUCCCUGAGCGCCCUGUCUCUAAAUCAGGUCAUUCCAGCCUUCUGAGGGGACACGGGGACAAAGUGGACUCUGUCAGUGGAGUGAUUGUUUACUCCUGAUCCGAACCGAUUCGGUUUGGUUCCCUUUUACGCACGAGGCGGCCGAUCGGCGCCAAAGGCGGAGGGAUUCCAGGCGCAGAGCGCCGCGUACCUGCCGGGCUUGGAAAGCCCCUGCGCGGAACAACAACAACCAGAAGGAGAAGAAGAAGAAGAAGAGCUACAGAAGCUGGAAAGUUUGAGGAAGAACCGGCCGAUGACUCAUGUCAGUUCAAUGAGUCCAGACAAGUGACUGCUGCUGCUGAGUCAAAACGUGUGGAUGUGUGAAUCAGCAGAGAGAGCCAAUCAGAGGACAAGUGAAGUGGUAAACAGUCGACCACAGGGCCGCACACACGCACGCUCACACGCGUGUGACAGGCACUUCAGGGAAUUUCUGAUCUUCCUGACCGGGAAGAAGACUUCAAACACUGAAAGAGGAAGGACAGUUGUGGCUUUACGCACACAUUCGACUGCUGCUGUGGACUUUGUUCAAUCGAUACUACUGCUGGGGGAGCUGCCCUACUUACCCUGAUCAGAUGGUGCUUCGUCCUCAUUGGACAGCCUAUUGACGUUUGUUUGUUUUUGGUGUGAAAUCCCCCUGUUCUGUGAAAUAACAUACCUCACAUUCCAAGCUGCUUUCACGUUUUUUGUGUGGUAAAAAUGUAAUAAAUCUGUUGAAAUGAU